UUGGAAUUUACGCGGAGAAAAAUACAACCUCCACAAGUAACGAUGGUCGACUGCAAGCUUGUGACGUUGAAGCUUUACUAUUUCCUAUUCUUUGGCGGAAUUGCGUGCUUCGUGCCUUACAUAUCUGUGUACCUGCGACAUCUGGGCCUCCUGUCCUACCAAGCUGGCAUCAUCAGUGGAACAUAUCCUUUCUUCACCUUCCUCCUCAAGCCCAUCUUGGGCGCUGUGGCAGACAAGUUUGACAGACACAAGCAGACACUGAUGCUCUGCCUCUUCUUGACGUACUGUCUGAUGUUUUCUACCAUGUUCGUGCCUCCUGUGAAAAGGGGAGAGCCACGAAUUAGCGACGACUGUUUUUCUUGUGAGUUGUGCUGUGGAAAUUCUUCUACCCAAAAUCCAAGGCUGCAGUCUCCAGUCUUACUCUACCAAGCUCAAGGACUAUGCAACUGUUCCAAUAUUCAAGAAGAUGACAGUUUUGUUAAGACUAAUAUUGAUAAGAACAUAACAAGACAAACACUAAACAGUACAACCUUACAGCUGUGGUGCUUUAAAAAAAGUGGCUGUUUUCUGUGCCCGUGCAAUACCACAGACAGUGACUGUGAUGUAGAAGUGAACCACCUAGACACAGACACAAGCCUGGGAUGGACAUUCUGGAUUCUGUUCUUCCUCCUAGUGCCAGCUCAAGCCUUGCAGAAUGCAUCAGUACCGCAGGCCGAUGCUCACACCAUGCAACUAUUGAAAAACAACCCCUCUGAUUUUGGGAAACAACGAUUAUGGGGAGCUGUAGGAUUUGGACUUGCCUCUGUGAUUGCAGGCUUUGCCAUGGACAAUUUCAGCGAAGGACGACAAAAUCAAGACGAAACUGACUAUUCUGUCACUUUUUACAUGUUUGCCGGUUUUGGAACUGCCACGUUGCUGACAGUUGCUUUUGGAUUUGAGAAGUGGCGACAGCAAAGACCUCAGAAGAUGUUUCAAAGCCUACAGAAACUUUUAAGGAGACCCAACGAGCUCUUGUUCCUUGUAAUCAUGUUCAUUAUUGGGUCAUCUUUCGGUGCCAAGGCUAACUUCCUUUUCUGGUAUUUGAAAGACAUAGGAGGCAGUCAGCUGUUGUUGGGGCUUGCUUUAAUGAUCAGCUGCAUGGGUGAACUCCCUUUCAUGUUCUUCUCAGGAAAGUUGAUACGUAAGAUUGGCCACCAGCAGGUCUUCCAGCUCGCACUGUUUUGCUACGCCGUCAAGUUUUUGUCGUACUCUCUGAUACCCAGUCCGUGGUGGGUGCUGGCAAUAGAACCGCUACACGGCAUCACGUUUGGGGCCAUGUUUUCCGCCUCCGUAACGUACGCCAGUUUGAUCGCGCCGCCAGGGAUGGAGACCACCAUGCAAAGCAUCGUGGGUGCAGUCCAGUUUGGUGUUGGUUUUGCAUCGGGGUCUCUCAUUGGUGGUGCCAUCUUCCAUGCAUUUGGCGGCGUUGUUCUGUUCCGAACGUACGCUGUCGUCUGUCUUGUCUCGUGCAUCCUGUACCGUCUGAUACCUCGCUGUCUAACGCGCUCCAAGGAUGAGGUGGCCAGCCAAGGUCCACAACAUGGGGAUAGUGCAGAGGAGCAAGAUGAUCCGAGGACAGAAAUCACCAGCAAGUUUUAUGAAACUAUUUUGGAAAAUGCAAAUGUUCCCAUCUACACAGAGACAUCUGUAUGAAAGUACCACAGAUACAUGUACACUGUAAAAGAAUUUAAAACAAAACACC